AUGUCCGACGUUGAAGCUCCAGUUGAAGUUCAAGAAGAAUUCGAAGUCGUUGAGGAAUUCACUCCAGUUGAAUUGGCUACUGCCAUCCCAGAAGAAGUCCAAAGAGCUCAAAACGAGAUCAAGCUUUUCAACAAAUGGUCUUUCGAAGACGUUGAAGUGAAGGACCCAUCUCUAGUCGACUACAUUCAAAUCACCCAACCAAUCUAUGUUGGUCACACCGCUGGUCGUUACGCUACUAAGAGAUUCAGAAAGGCCCAAUGUCCAAUCAUUGAAAGAUUGACCAACUCCUUGAUGAUGAACGGUAGAAACAACGGUAAGAAGUUGAAGGCUGUCAGAAUCGUCAAGCACACUCUAGAGAUCAUCAACAUCUUGACCGACUCUAACCCACUACAAGUUGUCGUUGACGCUAUCGCCAACACCGGUCCAAGAGAAGACACCACCAGAAUCGGUGGUGGUGGUGCUGCCAGAAGACAGGCCGUCGAUGUCUCCCCAUUGAGAAGAAUCAACCAGGCUAUUGCUCUUUUGACCAUCGGUGCCAGAGAAGCCGCCUUCAGAAACAUCAAGACCAUCGCCGAAACUUUGGCCGAAGAAUUGAUCAACGCUGGUAAGGGUUCUUCCACUUCUUACGCCAUCAAGAAGAAGGACGAAUUGGAACGUGUUGCCAAGUCUAACCGUUAA